UUAUAGCUUACAGGUUAGUUAGUUACAUAGCGUGAGCCCAUCACGAUGUCGUGACAAUACACCGGUGGUUUACUGACAAGUAACAGUUUAGUGUCAUAUAAACGGGUUAUAACAGAAACAUAGUUUUCAACUUCUUUUCAUAGAAUUACUCCUUCCUUGAGAGUUAUGCCAUACGUCGCCGAAGAAGAAUUUGUUAUCCUCCAGUCCAUUGAACAAGGCUGGUAUUACUACUACUAGUACUAGUGUUUCAAGUUUCCCGAAUGAUGUUCGCUACUCGCUCCUGUGGCCAGUUCAGAGCUGUCGCUUCACAAUGCUUCCCCCGAAGCUUGUCCGUAUCGGCCGGCAAGCUGGGAAGACCCGAGCCAGCAUCGUCACCGAACAUGUUGGAUAUCGGAACCCGGCGUAUUUUCAAUGAAGAACACGACAUGCUAAGGGAGGCGUGCAGAAGAUUCGUGGAGACAGAAGUCACCCCUUACCACAAACAGUGGGAGCAAGAUGGAGUUGUGAGCAGAGAGGUUUGGGAGAAGGCAGGUAGCAAUGGAUUCCUCAAUGUAUAUAUUCCAGAGGAACAUGGCGGAGUGGGAGCAGACUACAAGUCAGCAGUUAUCAUCCAUGAGGAACUAACCUCCGCUGGUGCAACUGGCCUAUCAUUCUAUGCACAUUCUGAUAUAGUCAUGCCCUACCUUUCCAAAUAUGGUUCGGAUGAGCAAAGGAAGCGCUUCAUCCCAGCAAUGACCGCCGGUACAUGUAUCACUGCCAUUGCCAUGUCAGAGCCUGGCGCUGGGAGUGAUCUUCAAGGUCUUCAAACUCAUGCUGAACGAGUUGGAGAUGACUACAUCCUGAAUGGCAGUAAGACAUGGAUUUCCAAUGGGCAGCUUGCUGAUGCGGUUUUAGUCGUGGCCAAGACGAAGAAAGAAGGACGUGCAGCCCAUGGACUUUCUUUCUUUGUAGUGGAGAGAGGAAUGCCUGGAUUUGAGCGUGGCAAGAACUUGAGAAAAAUUGGCCUCAAAGCGCAGGACACCAGCGAGUUGUUCUUCAGUGACGUACGUAUACCAGCCUCCAACAUGUUGGGAGAGGAGAACAAGGCAUUCUACUACAUGAUGAAUGAGCUACCGCAGGAACGCCUGGGCGUGGCUGUUGGUGCCAUAUCCGCAGCAGAGGCCAUGUUUGAGUGGACACGGGAGUAUCUGAAGGAGAGAAAGGCGUUUGGAGGACCACUGUCAUCCAUGCAGCUGAUCAGACAUCGCAUGGCCAAGCUGAAGACUGACAUAGCCGUUGGUCGGGCGUUUGUUGACAGCUGCAUCGAGCGGCAUGGGGAACAAUGUCUGGAUACGGCCACCGCAUCCAUGGCCAAAGCAUGGGCGUCUGAGCUGCAGAACCGCGUGGCUGACGAGUGUGUUCAGCUUCAUGGUGGUAUGGGGUACAUGUACGACUACAAGAUUGGCCGUGCUUACGUCGAUGCUCGAAUUCAACCCAUCUAUGCUGGCACCAACGAGAUCAUGAUGGAUCUGGUGAGCCGCACAAUCUUUCCCAAGUCAACUUGAAACGUGUUCGGGUUUUCGACUGGUGGAUGCUGAUGAUGUUGGUGUCAAUCUGCAGACGCUACGCAAACAGGAUGAGCUCAGGACAUGUGUUGCAUGUAGUGCUACAGUGCUACAGCCAGUCUACAUUCGGAUGUGCAUGCAUGACAAUGUCACCAGUGCAUGGGUCACCACAUUCAGGGUGGUACCUUGGCUGUGCUCUGAAGAAUACAGUAAACCUCCCCUGCUGUAGAACGGCUAAUUUUAGCGGGUAAAGAUUUUAGGGUUUUCUGAAUCAGGACCAAUUUGCGACGAAAUAUUUUAGAGAUCCGAGUUUCAGAGAUACUUGGAAGUAAAACAAAUGAGAUGCCUAGUAAGUACUGUACAUGCAAAAUUUCGAUUGGCGCGGCAAAACUUUAGCGAAAACACUCCUUUCGCUAGAAUAUUACCGGCGCCAGAAUUAGCCAUUUUACAGUAAUCCGGAUGCUCCUAAUCUGGGCACGCCCGUCCGGGCACCUUUCUGAUCCAUGUAGAGUCACACAAAUUAACCGGCUUUUCCACGCAAAACGGUCCCAAAAACUAUUGAUUGCCAUACAAAAUAAUGUCUACUUGCAUGCAGUAUUAUUAAAGUGGGUAUGCUCUGAGUUUAGCAAACUUCACUUCUCAACUCCAAACACGGUCUCUUCACUGCGAUUCAAAUUAAAAUUAAAAUUAUCAUUACAAUUGUCGGGCCUGGCCCAUCAUCAGGGUAAUGAAUGCUCUGAGUUUCCAUGGAUACAGGUAAUUCCUAGUUACGGCCGCCAGUGCUCAGUCCCAAAAUGCCCAGAUUAGGGGAGUUUACUAUUUUUACUAUUUUACUAUUAAAUUUUUGGUAUUUCACUCAAUCUGUGGACAGCAUUUCAUAAUUAACAAGAACCAAAAGAACAAAAUUUUGGUUCUUUGAAUCACAGCUCGCAAACAUCAAGAUUAUUGUCAUCAUUAUCACAACAUUGAUCACAGAUCCAUGCCGAAUAGUAAUGCUAAGAAAUUUCAUUUCAUUUCCCUCAA